UUCCUCUUCGUCGGAGAAUGCUACGUACAUGGAAUCAUGGAUGGGGAAGCUUUCUCACAUAUUGUGCCAUCGAAUGGUAGCCGCCUCGCGUUCGUUUAGAGUGCCGAAUGAGGAGUAGGCUGAAAGGAAAAGCAUUUUGCUGGUAGAAUUUUCAUCGGAAUUUUGCAUAGAGGCAAAAGGCAAGACUGCUAGGGUACUGGAACAAUCUCGUGAGUAUUGAUAACCCAGCGAAAGUCGACUCUUGAACUUACGUCACCGGACCACAAUGCUAUUGUGUGCUCAGGGCGUGUCUAGAGAGAUGGUAGGCGAGCCCGCAUCGCUUCAGAGAUCUGGUUCUCGGCAUCUGGUUCCUGCUGGAGACCUUGAUGCACAUAAAUUCAAAGAAAAGCUUGUCAGGGAGAAAGCUCGUUCCGGACUUUCAAGCUCAGAUCCGAGGGGGUGGGAUAUCAUGGACCUGGUUCAAGAGAGAUCACCAAUCCGCAUGAAAGAAACAGAUAUUCAGGAGAGUAACGGAGGCUGGACGGAUCUCGCCCAGGAUCUAAACGUGGUUGUCUUAUUUGCAAACGGGUUAGAAGACUUGAUCCGACCGACUAUCAACUUCAUCUGGUUCCUAUUUGUGAAGAGCUCAAUGUCCAGUCCUUGCUACUCACUGAUUGAUGAUGCAAGACCUCAUCUGGAAUUGUAGCUUCGUCAAUGAACAGGGACUUGCUUAACGGUUCGGAUUCAUGAGGAGUUGUAUUGAGUAACAGAAAACGGAACGACUUGGAUAGAAGCGCAGCAACUUUUCUCGAAGC